AUGUAUAGUCCAAUGGUCCAGACGAAUGAGGAAGCGCCCGUUUUAGUUAUUGACAGUGGCAGCCACGCCAGCUCCAGCGAACCGGAGACCAAAAGGAAGAAUGAGUAUGAGUUUGAGAUAUUUGAAGACGAGCUCGAAGAAGUGGGAGUUGAAGGCAAGGCAGAGAGAGACAACAGCUCAUUAGAGCAAACAGAGAGCACCGGCAGCUCUAUAGAGCCAGUCGCAGAGGAGUUCACUGAGCUCGAUGCGUUUGAGGAAGUUAACGACGACAGGGAUAAUCACAAUAAUGGCAACGAAGCGCCAGAGUCAGAUAUUGAGGCCACAAGGGCCAAGAGCAUAAUCGAGUUGGAUAGUGAGGAUGACAUAGAAAACUUGGAAGAGUUGGAGGCAGAGAGAUUAAACCACGAAGAACUGAUAGAGCUACCAGACGAGUUCAUACUGGCAGCUAACGAGAUACCUGAGCUGGUGCAAGACGAAUUUGUACAGGGAGAGGCACUGUCACCAGAAGAACCCCCGAACGUUGAAAUAACACUUUCCCUAUUCGAAAACCACUACAACUUCCAGCCAGUGGAAGGUGCUGACCAGGAACUCGACUUUUCCAGCGAAGAGUCGUAUUACUGCGUGGAACGCAUACAGGCACUCAGCAUCGAACAACUCUUCAACUUGAUCAGAGUUGAUGAAGAUAUAAGACGGGCAAAGCAUAUUGAUUCAGACCAAGAGUUGAUCUUGGAUGUGUUGGAAUUGAAGUUGACUAUUACCGAAGACAAUUUCUACGCUAGAGAAAUUACAUUUGGCGACUUCCUAUCGACAUUCAUAAGGCUCAGAGAAAACUGUCCCCAGCCAAACUCGAUCCCUAUGAGACUCAGCCUUGAAAUCAGCUCGAGGCCCAGAUUCAUAGGCAAAUUCAAUAAGCUAUCCGAGUUGAUACGAUCUAAUAAGGGUCUCGAAGCCAUCAGCGACACCGAAGUCGGGGAACUGCUACAAGGCGGAGACUUAAAAAGACGUCGCAUUGGUGAGUAG